AUGUCACAUUCCUCUGAUAUCGUAGAUACUUCAAAUAUUGCUAGUUUAUCUACUAGUACCAUCCCUGCUGCUACUUCUACCACUACUGCUGAACUUUCCAAAGAAAAUGCCGCUCCAGAGACUCCAAAAUCUUUACCAUCUUUAAAAGAUUUACCAUCUUUAGGUUCUUCUAAUUCAAUUGCUUCUAGUAAUAAAGUCUCUUGGGGUCCAAAUAUGAAACCUGCUGCAUCAAUUUCUUUAGCUCAAACCAAGAAAAAUGUUGCAGCUAAAUUGGCAGCUGGUAAUAAUCGUUUAAAGACAAUGCAAGAAAAUUUUACUUUAGAUUUACAAUCUCAAUUAGCUAUGACUAAACAAGAAUUAUCUAAAUUAGUUUCAUCAAUUAAACAACAUCAUAAUGUUUCAAUGGAAUCCACUUUAGCUAAAAAUUCAAGAACUUUUUUGAUUUCAGGGCUUGUUAACGAUGUUAAAGAAGCUAAACGUGAAUUGAUUAAAGGUUUAACUAAACCUGUUAAUGAUAAAUUCGAAGUUCCAGCUAAAUGUAGAUCUGUCAUUAUUGGUUCAGGUGGUAAGACUAUUCGUGAAUUAUCUUCUAAAUAUGAAGUUAAAAUUAAUGUCGCUAAAGAAAAUAUCGAAAAUUCUUUCGAUGAAGAUUUAAACGAUGAAAUGUGUUACGUGACUUUAUACGGUGAUUUUGAAUCUGUUAAGAUGGCUAAAGAAGAUAUUAUGAACAUUGUUAAAGAAGAUACUAAGAAUGCUAGUGUUAAGAUUGUUGUCGAUGAUGCUAAUUUAUUACCAUUCUUAUCCGCUUCUGCUAUCGAAAAAUUAGUUUCUUCUGAAACUAAAGUCUCUUACUAUCCAAAUGGUGAUUCUGCUGACAUUGUUAUUCAAGGUUUACGUGAAACUGUUAAGAAUGAUAAAUCUACUGUUCAAAAAUUCUUAAACUCUUUGGCUACUGAUAUUGUUGAACAAAAGAUUAAAAUCCCAGCUAAAUUCCAAACUGUUAUCGAUGCUAAUGCUUUAAUGGAACAAUUCAACGUCAUUGUUAAAUUCCCAAUUGAAGCUGAUGAUGAAUUUGUCUCAUUCAUUGGUCAAGAUGCUAACGUUAAGGAAGCAAUCACUGCUGCUCGUGCUUCAUCAAAGACUUAUUCCGUUGAUUCCCUAGAUAUCUCAAAGGCUCAUUCUAACAACGUUACCCAUGCUAGAUAUUUGGCUAUUUACUUCAACAAGUACGAAAAUGCUUUAAAACCUAUCUUAGAUCAAUACCCAUCCGUUAAGAUCACUUUACCAACCAUCAAAGAAUUAGCUGAUAAGGACUUAGCCUCUGUUAACAUCUUUAUUAGCGCUAAAUCCGAAAAUGUCGAUGAAAUUAAAUCUGUCCGUAAAGAAAUUAUUGGUUUUGUUAACAAUAUCACUCCAGCUGACACUUUGAUCAUUACUGAUCUGGAUUAUGAAUUAUUCCAUGGUCAAAUUAAACACACUUUGCUAAGUACCGAAGCUAAGACUGCAUUCAUUCAAUUAGGUGACUAUAUUCAAGAUGAUGACACCGUUAUCUUAAUUGCUCAACCUUCUGACGAUGAUUUCAAACCAUCCAUGCAAGAAAUCCAAGAUUCUCUAACUGCUGUUAACAACUCUUUAGAACCACUACGUACUAAACAAAACAGUAUGGAGACUAAGGUCUUUGAAAUUUCAGCCGAUAACCAAACUAAAUUGUUCGGUACAGACUCUGUCAACAAAUCUUUGAUCCUAGAUGACGUUGCUAAGGCUAACGGUCACAUUCAAUUCAAGAGCCACACUCCACACAAGGACCAAUUGACAAUCAGGGGUGAUGACAAAUCUAUCAAAUUAGUAUCUAAUAUCAUUGAAACUAUCAUUGCUCCAGAGGCUAAGAAGGAUAAGAUUGUUGUUGAAGUUCCAUCUAACACCGUCCCAAGAUUGGUCGGUAACAAGGGAUCUAACCUACAAACCAUUCGUGAUAAAUUCGAUGUUCAAGUCGAUAUUCCACACGCCGACUCUCAAAGCCAAUCUACUCCUGUCCCUGUUACAGUCACUGGUUUUGAUUACAAUGUUACUCAUGCCAAGAACUAUAUCUUAGCUGAAGCCAAGAAAUGGGCUGACAUUGUCACUAAGGAAAUCGUUGUUCCAUUGAAAUUCCACAGAAAUAUGAUGGGUCCAAAUGCUUCUUACAGAAACCGUCUACAAGAGAAAUACAGUGUUCAUAUCAAUUUCCCAAGAACAAGUGAAUUAGUCACCGUUAGAGGUCCAUCUCGUGGUGUUAAGGCUGCUUACGAAGAAUUAAAGAACCUAUUAGACUUUGAAAUGGAAAAUGGUCACAAGGUUGUUAUCCAAGUUCCAGCUGAACAAGUUCCUCGUGUCAUUGGUAAGAAUGGUGACAACAUCAAUGAUAUCAGAGCUGAAUAUGGUGUCGAACUAGAUUUCUUGCAAAAGAACUCUGACGAGAGUGUCAAGGAAACUGGUGUUGUUGAUUUGGAGAUCACUGGUACAAGAACUGCCAUCAAGGAAGCACAAGCCAAGGUUGAAGAAAUCGUCAAGGAAGCCGAAAACUUUACUUCAGAAUCAAUUAACGUUGACCGUAAAUACCACAGAGUUAUUGUUGGUGCUGGUGGUAGUAAAUUAAGAGAAAUCAUCAGCAAUGCUGGAGGUGAUGAUAUUAGAAACAAGACCAUCGAUAUUCCAAAUGCUGAUGAAGAAAGUGAUGUUAUCACUGUCCAAGGUCCAAAGACUUUUGUUUCCAAGGUUAUCAAAUCUAUUAACAAAAUUGUCGAAGAUGGUGAAAAUUCCAUUACUAAGGAACUAGAAGUUGCUAAGGAAAGACAAGGUGCCCUUGUUGGUCCAGGUGGUAUGGUCCGUCGUCAACUGGAAACUGAAUUUAACGUUACAAUUCAAGUUCCAAAUAAGGAUCAAACCGGUCCAGUUACCGUUACUGGUUUAGCUGAGAAUGUUGCUAAGGCUGAAAAAAAGAUCAAAGAAGAUAUCCUAAAGGAUGACUUCGAUGUCGAACUUCAAGUUCCAGCUGCUGUUCACCAAUUUGUCUCAGAACGUGGUGCAUUAAUUCAAAAGUUGAGACUUGACGAUUUUGUCAAUGUCAAACAUGGUAACGCCAACAGAAGAGCUAAUAAGAUAAACAGAUCCAAGCUGGUGAUUCCUGUAGAAAAAGUACGUGCUGAAGAAGGUUCUGCUCAAAAGGUUAAGAUCACUAUCGAAGAAGUAGGUGAACCAAGAGACGAUACUGAAGAAGGUGACAUCCCAUGGAGAUUAACUUACGAACCAAUUAACUUUGACGAACUUCUAGGUGACAGUGCCGGCGAAGACAAGGAAACAAAACCAACAGAACCUGUUAAGCCAACUGCUGAAAAGAAGAAGGCUGCUCUUGACAAGGCUACAAAGAUCAUCGAGGACAGAAUUGCUUUAGUUAAGGAUGCCACUUAUGUCUGUUACGUCUGGACCUCUGAAUUCAAGAACUUCAAUAGAAUUGUCGGCCCAGGUGGUUCCAACAUCAAGAAGAUCAGAGAUGACACCAAUACCCUAAUCAACAUUCCAAGAAAGAACGACCCUAUCAAUGAUGUUGUGUACAUCAGAGGUACCAAGGAAGGUGUCACCAAGGCUGCCGAAGCCAUCGUUAGAGGUCUAAAUUAA